AUGUUUGGUGCCUUCAGACCUUCAUUAGUAGCCCAAAGUGGUUUAUUAUGGAAGAAUCCUUUCCGCAUGUCAGCUACUCGUAAAGCCAAUGUCAGAAAGAGACUCAAGGACGUCGAUCAAGUCAUCUCAACUGUUGCUCAAUCAGGUGUUGAGUGUAAAGCCUUGACAGAAGCAUUAGCACUACCCAAGGAAUCCGAAAUGCUUCCACGAGAGAAAUAUACUGUAUUCAGCCGCACAGCAAAGGGACACCGCAAAUCAUUCCAUAAAGUGCCCAAGUUUACUAAAAAGACAAAUAGAACCAGUCCUCCCGGUUUUUAA